AUGCCGUCUGAUGCUCCUGAGAAGAGUACCAUCAUGAAGCUGGUAACGAACGAUGGCGAAACUUUUGAUGUCCCUCUGGAUGUGAUAAGACUUUCUACCACGAUCAAUACUAUGCUUCAAGACCUCGGUUUGGACAGUGAAUCAAGCGAUCCGAUUCCGAUAUGCAAUGUAUCCGGUCCAAUCAUGAAGAAGGUGUUAACGUGGUGCACUUUUCACAAAGAUGAUCCACCUUGUACGGAUGAUUCGGAUAAUAGAGAAAAGCGCACGGACGAUAUUCCUAGUUGGGACGUGGAGUUUUUGAAAGUUGAUCAGGGCACUUUAUUCGAACUUAUUCUCGCUGCAAAUUACCUUGAUAUCAAAGGAUUGCUCGACGUUACGUGUAAAACUGUGGCAAAUAUGAUAAAAGGGAAAACUCCUGAGGAGAUUCGACGCACCUUCAACAUCAAAAACGACUUUACUCCUGAAGAGGAAGAGCAGAUCCGCAAGGAAAAUGCCUGGUGCGAGGACUGA